UAACAGCUCCUGGGUAGCGCUAGGAGUGGGGGUGCCAGUAGUGGGUGCAGGCGGGUUAGUGAGGGUCUGUACGUUGCGGGCAGCUGUGAGGGGCGCUUGUACUCAGCACCAUGCCCCAAGGGAAGUUUUCCCUAUCCAGUGUGAGGAUUCCAGCAAUUACUGUUUAACACAAGCAUGUGAUGGAUGCCUCUGCCUGGGAUAGCACAUUGCCACAGAACUCCCCUCCCGAGCAGUGGUACAGUCCUGCUAUCUGUCACAGCCAAGCUCCUGGAUAGUGCUAGAAGUGAGGUGUCGGUACUGCGUGCAGGCGAGCUAGUGAGGGUCUCUUUUCAACGCAGACAGCUGUGAGGGGCGCCUUGUCCUCAGCACCAUGACCCAAGGAAAGGUCUCUGUUAGCAGCAAAGGUGCUGAAAAUGACGGCAGCAAUACAGUAAAACAUACCAGCAAUAACCGUUCUUCAGCUCCCCCCUCCUAUGAAGAGGCUACAGCAGGUGAUGGAAAGAAAGCAGAUUAUCUGCAAGCAACAUCUCCUACAUUGUCUCAACACUCAUGGCAACAUGGGGAACCAUACAAUAGUCCAGAUUGCAGCAGUGGAAUAUAUUCUGGGGACACAGAGAUGUUGACUACACAGAGCUGGGAUAAUGAAACUGUUCGCCGAGGGUUUAUUAGGAAGGUUUAUGCCAUCCUUAUGAUCCAGCUGUUAGUUACUGUAGCAGUUGUGGCCCUGUUUACAUUCUGCGACCCUGUGAAGGGUUAUAUCCAGGCCAAUCCAGGAUGGUACUGGGCUUCUUAUGCAGUGUUCUUCUCCACAUACCUAGUUCUGGCCUGCUGCUCUGGACCAAGGAGAAAGUUUCCUUGGAACCUGAUUCUUCUCUGCAUAUUUACACUUUCCAUGGCUUACGUAACAGGAAUGCUGUCCAGCUUUUACAAUACCAAAUCUGUGAUCUUAUGUCUUGGAAUCACUGCCCUGGUCUGCAUGUCUGUUACACUGUUCAGCUUCCAAAGUAAGAUCGACUUCACUUCAUGUCAAGGAGUUCUGUUUGUGUUAUCUAUGGUUCUUCUCUUCAGCGGGAUCUUCCUUGUUAUCCUCAUACCAUUUCAAUAUAUUCCUUGGCUACAUGCUGUCUAUGCUGUAAUCGGAGCAAUUGUGUUCACUAUGUUUUUGGCAUUUGAUACACAAAUGCUGAUGGGGAGUCGGCGUUACUCUCUCAGUCCCGAAGAAUAUAUCUUUGGAGCGCUCAACAUCUAUCUGGAUAUAAUCUACAUAUUUUCAUUCUUACUCCAGCUGUUUGGCACUCAAGAAUAACAUGCUUUCAUCUGGAUGGUUUUAAACCUACACGUUCAGAUAUGCGCACACCAGCUAUACCUGGCAAAAGAAACAUAACAGCUUUUAAUGGUAUCUUAUAAAAAAGGACUAUUUAUGCAAAGUUAAACAAACGUUUUGAUGUUCAUUUAAUGUUAAGCUUCUGUUAUUUGGCAACCUGUUGCUGAUUUUGCAUUUUUACUAUAUAAGGAAUUUGAGCCACUUGUCAUGCAGUGUAUUUGCAUAUACUAAAAGGAGAAACAGACUAUAGGGUUAAUGUGCUACUGAAAUUUGCAGAUAGUAUUUUAGUAGUGCACCUAAAGCAUAUGGCUUGCAAAACUUAUUACUGUUUAGUUAGCGAUGCCCUAGAUUUGCUUCUUUGUUUGACUGUUGCAUUUCUUUGGACAUGGCUGUACUUUCUGGUAUUCAUAAAUAUGCAUUGCUUGUCAGAGACAAUUGCUUGAAUGCCUCUCUGCUUCCGUCGCAUAUAAGCUGUAUUGUUUAUGAAUACAAACUAAUUUAAUAAAGAGUAUUAUUUUCUUGUGAAAUUG